GACGAAAAUAAAAAAUUUUUAAAACAAAUCUAUACUGGAUUAUCUGAGGCAUAUCAGCGUCAACAAAUUGAUUUAAUAAAGAGAAUCAGGAUUUUUAAAGUCGAUGGAUACAAUAUGAAAGAAAUUUCUCCCAAAUGUGGCAUUUUUUUUCCUGUUAGUAUGAUUGAAACAAUUGAAACAAAAGCCUCUACUGAGACAGGUGUUACUGAUUGGAAAAUAUUAGUUAAACUAGCUUUAAUAGAAAUGUAUGGAGAUAGCCUAGGUGAUUUUUGUGCUAUUGGUCGAAGUAAAAUUUCAUCACGUCCUUCAAUUGAUCCUGAUAUUUAUAAAGGAAUUUAUGAAUGGAUACUCUUGAAAUCAACAGAAAAAAUCACCAAUCAUGAUUAUACAAAUGAAAUAAACAGGAUAAUCGGAAAUAAACGAAGUUCGAAAGUAUCAAGUUAUAAUUCUACGGAUACAAGUGCUCACGAAUUUUUAUUUUAUACCUUAAUAUGUUUACAAUCAGUAUUAAAUUUUCACAUCGACUUUCAGAAAUCUCGGGAUGAUUUUUUAAUACGUGGACCUACAAAGGCUCGAAUCUCAGAAACACAUAAUAUUUUUUUUCCAAAGUCUACUAUAGCUUUUAUUGAAAAACGAACAGAAAGUUCCAAGAGCUCGAAUUUAUCAGAUUGGAAAAAUUUAGUUAAAGAAGCUCUGAUAGAGGUUUACGGUAACAAUUUACAAAAUUAUUGCGCUAAAGGUACGAGAGUAUCACGGUUGCCUAUACAUCCACAGUUAUAUCAGGCAAUACUUGCAUGGGCUAAUAGUCGUUCUGAACAACAAAUUAAUGAAGCUGAUUACGUAGGUCAUAUAAAUAAAAUAGCAUCUAAUAAAAGAAAAACAAAUAAAAGCAAAUCGACUAGUAAAACUUGUUCUAAACUUAAUGAUCAGCAGUAUCUGGAACCUAGAAAAACUGCAUUGGAGUAUAGUUCCAUCGCUGAGAUUCACAAUUCUCCUAUGAAGUUGAAUCCUCCACUGUCUGAACCUCUGCGACUCUCAGAACCACGGAUUGCUUUAGUGAACUUAAACCCUAGGACUGCUGAUUACCGAGAUGAACUUUCUCUACAACCUGGGAUAACUUCAGAAUCUGAAUACCAACAACACAUUAUGCCAAAUAUUAUUCAUCCUAUCAAUGUAGCCACCAAGAUUGUGAAUAAUCAAAAUUCAGUGAUACCAGACGCUAUGAAUGUUGAUGAGCAGAACUCAAACCUGAUCAAACCUCAACUUAUUUUCCCGGUAAAACUUGAAUAUAUUCCAGCAUGUGAUGAUUCGGUAAACCGACACUCUUGGACCACUCAAGACCAAUAUCCAUGUACAAUACAAUCUUCGGAAUACUCAUCAAGACAGUAUCCAAAUUCAUGUUACUCUGAUCAACAUUCAGGUUUAUACACCACUCAACAUUAUAAUUACUAUCCUCCAGUUAAAAAUUUUAAUGAGAAUAAUAAGGUAUUUAUGCAGCGCGAUCCUAAUGACUGUGAAUACCAAUACCAUAAUCAAAGUACUCCAUUGAUUAGUGAUUCUGAGAACCCAAAUUAUACAAUUCUAUAAUAU